AUGGGAGGUGAUACUCACGAUUUAUCUUAUUAUGCUAAGUGUAUGAUGGGUGGUGUUUUGGCUUGUGGACUCACUCACACAGCUAUGGUACCUCUUGAUGUAGUUAAAUGCAAAAAUCAAGUUACAAAGGGAUGGUCUUCCAGUCUAACCUAAGGGUUGACAUAAUUAAAAGCAGAAGGUAGUCUUACAUUAGGUUGGCUACCAACUCUUAUAGGUUAUUCACUUUAAGGUUUUGGUAAAUAUGGUUUUUAUGAAAUCUUUAAAGAUGUCUACAAAGGUAUCGUUGGUGAAGAAAAUGCUUAAAAGUACAGGAGAAUAGGUUGGUCUAUAUCUUCAGGCUGUGCAGAAGUAAUUGCUGAUACUUUAUUAUGCCCCUUCGAAACUAUCAAGGUUUAGAUGCAAACAUCUUCAGGAGAAACUGCAUAUCCUAAAUCUUUUUUGCCAGCAUACAAUAAGUUUGUAUCUGAGAAUGGUUCUAAAUCUUUAUAUAAAGUUUUACCUCCUCUUUGGGGGAGGUAAAUCCCUUACACUAUUGUUAAAUUUGUUUCCUUCGAGUAAAUUGUUGAACUUUUUUACAGCAAGGUCUUCACUAGACCAAAAAGCGAAUACUCUAAGGGAUAAUAAUUAUCUAUCACUUUCUUAUCAGGCUACUUGGCUGGUAUUUUAUGUGCUCUUGUUUCUCACCCUGCAGAUACUAUGGUCUCAAAAAUGAAUGCUCUUGAAUUCAAAGGUUAAGGAAUAAGUGAGAUUUAUUCAAAAAUUGGUUUCAGUGGACUUUGGACAGGUUUAGGAACCAGAAUUAUUAUGAUUGGUACUCUCACUGGUCUAUAAUGGUGGAUUUAUGACAGCUUUAAGACUGCUGUUGGUCUUUAAGCAUCAGGUGGAUCUACUGCUCCAGUUACAAACAAACAUUGA